AUGUCUACAGAACAACCACCUGGUAUAUCCAAUCAACAGGGAUCCCCAACCACCGAUGACCCUGCAGCAUCUCUGCGAGCGGCUGCUUUGAUGACUCUGAAAUCAAAACGACGAAAGCUUGUAUCUGAGAUAUCAACUGUUCUUCCGCGCUCCCUUGCUGCGCAGAAUCAGCCUUCGAUACAGCUCGAUUACGGCCAAGAAGAACCCUCUGGUGCGUCUUCUACUGCUUCAUCAUCAGCACAGACCGCAUUCGUGGCGCCUGCAUCUGCACUUGCCUCUCUCAAGGCCGAGACGCUGCAACCAGACGAGAGUCAAUCAAGGGAAGAAGGCGAGAUUAGUGACUCUGAAACUGCUCCUGCGACACCUGUAUCCAAACUACAGUCUCAAUCCAAGUCUCCGAAAUCCCCCUUAAAAGACAGAUUUCCCCUUACUGUUCCGCUCAAGCCAUCACCAGUAAAGGCGAUAAUCGUAGGCUUCUCUGCCAAUGAACAGGCGAGCAGCGCUGUCUCUGAAGUUAAUUCUGCCUCCAUUGCUCCCUCUCCCUCGUUCUCGUAUAUCAUCGAUGCCAACCACGUUCGGCCGGGUCUCGCCAUGACGCAGGCUCAGUAUGAUACGGCCAAGGAUAUUGUCCUAGAUUUACUUGGUUGGGGCGUUCCACCGGAAUACCUCGUUGCUUGUGGACUCAGUCGCGAAAUUGUCUUUUACGUGUUUUCCGAGCUCAACCUGCGUCUACCGCACAAUUUUGACGCCACGGGCAUCAUCCCAUAUGAGCCACCUCCGCCGCAGAUCAUGUCUCCUCCCACUCUCACGAAUAUGACACAGCGAUUUGAUGGCAUGGGUCUGCACUCUCAGCAAAGUACUCCCGCGACGCAGACAUCCAGUAUUCUUCAGAGAGUGAUGCUACCUCUCUCGGGUAGUGUCGACGAGUCGACUUCUCGUAGGUUGUCUGCUGGCGCUAUUCCCUUCAUUCCUGGAGCAUCAUCGUCGUCGGAUCGAUCGCCAACCACACCUAGCCUUUCUGACAUGGAGCGACAGCGCAGGGAAGAGCUUCUUGCUCGCAAAGCUGCACUUGCUUCGCUCAAAUCGAAGAAGCGAGCGCCAGGAUCUACGGGAGAGGAUUCUUCCGUUCCAGCUUCCACCACUACGGUUGUAGCCGAACUGAAGGACGUUGAGAUGGCUGACGUUGCCCCAACGAGCCAUGUUGACGAUUUCCUCAAAUCGAUUGAGCCUGUCUCAGACACAGACAGCAGAAAGGGAAAGGCUAAGGUAACUAUCUCAGCAUCAGCUCCUGUGAGCCGAACCACUACUUUCGACCGGAUGGACGUGGACGAGCCAAUUCCAGGAUUAUCUGCGACCGAUGACACACUGCCCUUGUAUUCGUCGUCUGUUGGAUCUUUGUCAUCAUCUAGUGUGGUUUCCCCGACGUCGACUCGUGCUCCUUCAACGACACAUCUCUUGCCUCCUAGCAAACAAGGCCGAUCACCACCGUCAGAUUUAACAACACCCAUUGGGCGCUCGCCAAUCACGGCAAGUGAUAGCGACUCAUCUGACCAGGUGAAAUCUGUUGCACCUAAACCGAUGGUUGUGGACAUUCCGUCUUCCGCGGUGCUUCGUCGUGGAACCAAGCGCCCUGUGGCAGCAGACUUUGUCGACAUGGAACCUGGUUCGUCGCGAUCACAUCCUAGCACUGGGUACAACUCCUACAACUCCCCGUACUAUCAACCCACCGUCAAACGGAAGCUGGGCGCGUUUGCUGGCUUAGGUGGAACACGGCGCUGUGUGAUUGAUCUCAGCGACAGCGAAUGUGACGACGUGGAGGAUGAUGAGGGUAAUGAGAAUGGUGGUCGACCCGCCCGCGGUAAACUGACACUCACCCGCACAAAUUCCCAAGCCGGUUCAUCAACGACACGUCAACCAGGAUUCCAAGUAAAAAGUGCGUCACCGACUAUUACGCCUUCAGGAGUGCUGUCGCCUGCAGCGUUGCUCGAGAAAGAGGAGGAAAUUAGAAAGAUGCGCGAGUUGAUUGCUGAGCGCGAGCGGAACCGGCUACGAAAAGUUGUUGCUAUGUCGAGAUCGAAGCCUCCAACGCCGACCCAUAACACAUCCACCAGCGGUGUGACAAAUCUGAUAGCCGUGAAGCAAGAGGAAGAUGACUCUGCAACAUCUGCAUCCAUCCUUCGAAGUUGCACAUACGUGCGUGACAUAUCCCAAAACAUGACGCUCAACGAACGCGACGGGACACCCGUGCCGACGACAACACCAUCCAUCCAUUCACUCGACUCUGAAUCUACAGGCAGUUCUGCAACACCUAUUGGUCCUCCUUCUUGUCCUAUGCUUGUUGUCAAUAGCCCUCUGCGACAGAUAUCAAGCGACCAAGAGCAUGCUGCAGUCAGCGUCAUCAGCGCCGAUAGCGAGACGUCGGUUCAGGUACGGCUGUUCGACGAGUGGAUGCAAGGCGAAGAGCAAGACUUGAGAGCGCAGUUUUCAGACUAUUCCUCGCUGUUUGAUUGCUUCCCGUUGUUGCGCUUACAUUCACGACCAUAUCCAUCAGGGGAUGACAUCUCAAGCUCAACGCAAGCCGAGACAGAGUCGAUAGACGCAUCUUCAACAUCCAGCUCCCCGUCAAUUCCUUCAAUUGACCUAGGCACACUGAAGAUGGCCCAUAAUAAGCGUUUGUUUACAGACUCCUCCAAGCGUAUUUGUCAGUACGAAGUCCCGGGUGGUGGCGAAUGUCGGGAUCGCGAUUGUGAAGACUUCCAUAUAUCCAGGAUUCCUGUAGUUGAGCCUAGUGAUGAAGAGACAGCACAAUAUGUCUCCGUACACACUGCGAUAUCGCGUGGCUCGCAUAUUAACGCCAAGACCAUCCAGAAUGCUCUUGAAGAUGUUCGGCAGCGCAAUCCGACGAAGAGCUACGACAAGCGCGUCAUGGAGGCGCUUGCGUCACUAGGCUUACGGUAG